GAUUCUGUGUUGAUGUGGCAUAUAAUAAUCUUGUAUAUAUUUUCUUGCGUAGUGACUAGUUAACGUCCCUCAAACGCAAAAAACUCUCUCUCUCCCUUAAAUAUUAAACAAGAACACAUUUUUUUUCAUAGUUACAUCUUUGUAAUAACAUAAGACUUUGUUUACUCUCUCUCUCUCUCUCUCUCUCUCUCUCUCUCUCUCUUUUCUAUGGCAAGUUCUGUGGCUGCAGCAAGGCAUUCCCUUGGUCGUUUCAUGGACUCAGAAUCAGCCAAUUAUGGCAUAUCUACCUUACGGAUUUCUAGCAGGCCUUCCAAUUAUAUUGGUUUUCCUCAUAAAAGGUAUCAAUUAUAUGUACUGUCCAUGAAUGGUUGCAAAGGAAACCCAUAUUUCCCUCUCGGCACCAUUGGAACACGUACUCUUCCACCAGUUCCUUCUCAUUCAGUGGCUCUGGACAACCUCACCUCUGCCAUAUCAGACUUGAAACACAACCCACCUCCUUUCUCCUCUGGAAUUAUACGUCUUCAGGUGCCAAUACAGCAGCAGAUGGAUGCAAUUGAUUGGCUCCAUGCCCAAGACCAGCUUCUUCCUUGCUGUUUUUUCUCUGGUCGAAGCCCAAACGAAAGUUACAAUCUUUUUAUUGAAAAUAGCAAAAACAAUCAAAAUAGUUGUAACUCUAACUUGGUGAGUGUUGCCGGAGUGGGUUCCGCUGUCUUUUUCAGACAUCUUCAUCCUUUUUCAUAUAACGACUGGAAAUCCAUAAAGAGGUUUCUCUCCACAGAAUGUCCUUUGAUCCGUGCUUAUGGGGCUAUCCGCUUCGAUGCAAGAACUAACAUUUCAUCUGAGUGGGAGCCUUUUGGAUCCUUUUACUUUAUGAUUCCUCAGAUGCCAAAUGACAGGUUGAGUUUGAUGAGUUUGAAGAUAAGUCAAUGCUUGCUUCAACUGUUGCAUGGGAUGAUGCUCUUUCAUGGCCAUGGGAAAAGGCAAUCAAUGAACUUCAAGCUAGGAUUUCUCAGGCAGGUCUCUUCUAUGAUUAUAAAGUUAUCAAGGCAAGUUCCUAGGACAUUUGUAUUCAGCAGCAAACACACCCCAAGCAAGGAAUAUUGGGAUCUUGCUGUUAACCGAGCUUUAAAGAAAAUUAGUAGUGACUCAGCACUUACUAAGGUUGUUCUUGCCAGAAGCAGCAGAGUGGUGACUACUACUGAUGUUGACCCUGUAACAUUACUAGCUUGCUUACAGGGUGAAGGUAAAAAUGCUUAUCAGUUUUGUCUUCAGCCACCUAAUGCACCAGCUUUUAUUGGAAACACGCCAGAGCAACUGUUUCGCAGAAAAUGUCUAGGUGUUGAGAGUGAUGCUCUGGCUGCAACUUGUGCCAGAGGUGGUACAAUGACUGAAGAUCUGCAGAUAGAACUUGACUUACUUUCCAGUCCCAAAUAUCACCUUGAGUUUUCUAUCGUGCGUGAAAGCAUAAGACAAAAGUUAGAGGAUGUUUGCAAUUCUGUGAUAGUUGAACCUAAGAAAGCAGUGAGAAAACUCCCAAGAGUUCAACAUCUAUAUGCCAAACUAGUUGGCAAGUUAAGAAGAGAAGAUGAUGAAUUUCAAAUUUUAUCCUCUCUUCACCCAACUCCAGCUGUGUGUGGAUUUCCAACAGAGGAUGCCCGACUUUUAAUUGCUGAAACUGAAGUAUUUGACAGAGGAAUGUAUGCUGGCCCUGUUGGUUGGAUUGGAGGAGGAGAGAGUGAAUUUGCUGUUGGCAUUAGGUCAGCUUUGGUUGAAAAGGGUGUUGGUGCAUUGAUCUAUGCUGGAACAGGUAUUGUGGAAGGUAGUGAUCCAUCACAAGAGUGGAAAGAGUUAGAUCUCAAAGUUUCUCAGUACACCAAGUUGCUUAAACUUGAAGUUUCUCUAAGAGAAAAGGUUACUAGUUUUGAGGACUACUGGUUAUGAAAGGUAGCAUGGCACUUGUAUUUACAACAACAUUGAUUGGUAUUAUUUUCUCCAGUUAUAAAAUAUAAAUCUGCCUCCACUGGAGGCUAGCUGAAGUGAUUGGUGUAUUAGUGUAUGUGUAUGGGAGAGGAAAGAGGCUCCAUUACAUUGUACAAAGAAAAAAGAAAGUUUUCUGUUAGAAAAAAAUCUGUUGUAAUUUUAUUCUUAAUAAUUAAUGCAGCAAAAAUGAAUUUCCUUUUAUGGUUC